UAAUAAAUCUAACCCUCAUCUACAGACAGUCUCUCCAUCUCUCUUCCAAGCCAGCUCCACCGGUUCAUAGGCGCUCGGCUUGGGCGGGCUCAAGAACAAGAAGGAAACCAGUGUUAAAGAAUGGCCGGAGGAGGAGCAGGCACAGGUGGAACGACGGUACCUGGAGAUCGAACCGGUGUUCGUAUUGUCGUCGCUGGAGACAAGAGUACAGGUAAAUCCAGCUUGAUUGUCAGUGUAGUUGCCGAUAGUUUUCCUACCAAUGUUCCUCCGGUUUUACCGCCGACUAAGUUGCCCGAUGAUAUUUAUGCUGAUCGUGUUCCCAUCACUAUCAUCGAUACCUCUUCUAGUCUGGAGAAUAGAGGUAGACUCGCUGAAGAACUGAAGAGAGCUGAUGUUGUGGUUCUUACUUACGCUUGCGAUCAGCCAGCAACACUCGACAGAUUGGGAACCUUCUGGCUUCCCGAGUUGCGUAGGCUUGAGGUAAAUGUUCCAGUUCUAUUGGUGGGUUGCAAGUUGGACUUGAGAGAAGAUGAACAUCCAUUGAGUUUGGAGAUGAUCAUGUCACCAAUUAUGCAACAAUUUCGGGAAAUUGAAUCUUGUCUUGAGUGCUCGGCGAAAAAGCACAUUCAGACUUCGGAGGUUUUCUACUAUGCACAGAAAGCAGUACUUCAUCCUACAGGUCCAUUGUUUGACCAGGAGGCCCAAACUUUGAGGCCACGGUGUGUUAGGGCUUUGAAACGGAUAUUCAUUCUCUGUGAUCAUGACAGGGAUGGUGCACUUAGUGAUGACGAACUAAAUGAUUUUCAGGUCAAGUGUUUCAAUGCUCCACUACAGCCUUCUGAAAUUGUGAGUGUGAAGAGAGUUGUUCAAGAAAAACUUCCUGAAGGUGUGAAUGGCCAUGGCCUUACAUUAUCAGGCUUUUUGUUUCUCCAUGCACUUUUUAUUGAAAGGGGCCGUCUUGAAACAACCUGGACUGUCCUACGGAAGUUUGGAUACAAUAAUGAGAUUCGACUCAGUGAUGACCAUCUUCUUGCACCUAUUAAGCGAACUCCUGACCAGAGUGUGGAGCUGACAAAUGAAGCUACGGAUUUCCUUCGUGGAAUCUUCUUGCUCUACGACAUUGAUGGGGAUGGAACCCUUCGGCCAGCUGAGCUAGAAGAUCUUUUUUCUACUGCACCAGAGAGUCCUUGGGAUGAAGUUCCAUAUGUGGAUGCUUCAGAGAAAACUGCUUUGGGUGGACUAACAAUUGAAGGUUUCUUGUCGAAGUGGGCCCUCAUGACACUUCUCGAUCCAAGACGAAGUGUGGAGUAUCUAACAUAUAUUGGAUACGAUGGUGAUCUUUCAUCUGCUAUCCGCAUCACUAGAAGAAGGCGAUUAGAUCAGAAAAAACAACAAUCUGAUAGGAAUGUCUACCAAUGCUUCGUAUUUGGCCCAAAAAUGGCUGGGAAGUCUGCCUUGUUGAAUUCUUUCAUUGGGAGGCCUUUCACUGAUGUAUAUACUUCAACCAGCAAAGAGCGUUAUGCAGUUAAUUUUGUCAACCAACACAGGGGGACAACAAAUAAAAUUCUUGUCCUAAAAGAGAUCCCGGAAGAUGAUGUUAAAGAUCUGUUACAUAAGAAAGAUGCAUUGGCAGAUUGUGAUAUAGCCGUAUUUGUCCAUGACAGUUCGGAUGGGUCUUCAUGGAACAGAGCAAAGGAACUGCUUGUGGAUGUUGCAAGUCAUGGGGAAGCUACUGGCUAUGAAAUGCCUUGCCUCAUUGUUGCAACUAAAGAUGACCUAGAUCCUUCUCCUACUCAGAUACAAGAUUCAACCAGGGUAAGCCAGGACAUGGGAAUAAAGGCACCAAUGCCUAUAAGCACAAAGUUAGGAGAUCUUAACAACAUAAUCCAAAGCAUCAUUAAGGCGGCGGAACAACCUCAUUUAAGUAUACCCGAAACUGAAAAGGGUAGAAGUCGUAAGCAGUAUGACAAGCUGGUUAACCGAUCCCUUAUAUUUAUGUCAGUUGGAGUUGCUGUUGGCAUAGUUGGGUUGGCAGCUUAUCGUGUUUAUGCUUCAAGGAAGAAUACCUCUGGUUAAUUGAAAAUUGUGGUCAAGGUUCGAGAAGGCUUGCAUUAUUGCUCACUCUGGCAAAUUGUAUUUGUUAUCACAAUGGCUUAAGGAUGAAGUUGGAUCAGCUAGUGAAAUUAAAGUCGGUUCGAUUUGAGAAAUGGAACCGCGGUUAUGUCAAGAUGCAGACAUAUUUAUAUUUCUAGUUGUAUUCUGAUCUCAAUGAGAUUUUGUCAAAUUAUUCUGGGAUAGAUUGAAUAAACUAUUUCUGUUUGUGGAUUAGAAGGAUCAACAACUUGUAAUUGUUAAAGUAGAAAUCAUUCUUCGCAUUCAAUAAUUUGAAGGCCUGAGAAGUGGGACAAAUGAACAAGUUGUGUGGAAAAUUGUUCUUUCUUUUCUUUUUGUUACUA